AGACAUCAAGAAGCAACGAGCGGACAUUGACGUUACUGAGAUUUUUUAACGAAGGCGCAGACGACGUGAGAGAGGACGCAAGAAAACACGUUACGGAAACGUGACUGGGAUAAAGUUGCAUAAUGGCGGGAUCUGACCAAUCAGAGCGCUCCGUUCCUCCCCACGCGUCCCCGUGGGCGGACAUGUUGACACCGACAGGACGUCACGCGUGGCCGACGACUUCAGCAGUGUCAACGCAAGAGGGCGCCUUUUUGUUGUUUGUGUGCGCGAGGGAACCCCACCUGUGAUAAACCAGCAGAACGACAUGGUGGUCAACUCCAUCCACUGGUUCCGGAAGGGACUGCGGCUACACGACAACCCGUCCCUGAGGGACUCCAUCCGCGGAGCCGACACCCUGCGCUGCAUCUACAUCCUGGACCCCUGGUUCGCAGGCUCCUCCAACGUGGGCAUCAACAGGUGGAGGUUUUUGCUGCAUUCUUUAGAGGACUUGGAUGCCAGCUUGCGCAAACUCAACUCCCGCUUGUUUGUCAUAAGAGGCCAGCCUACGGAUGUCUUCCCUCGUCUGUUUAAGGAAUGGCAGAUCACGCAUUUAUCUUAUGAAUAUGACUCUGAGCCUUUUGGCAAGGAACGCGAUGCCACCAUCCAAAAGCUAGCCAACAAGGCUGCGGUGGAGGUUAUGGUGCAGAUUUCACACACCCUCUACGAUCUGGACAAGAUCAUAGAACUUAACGGUGGUCAGACUCCUCGCACCUACAAGAGCUUUGAGGAUCUCAUCAACUGCAUGGGUCCUGUGGAUGUGCCUGCAGAGACGAUCACAUCUGAGGUCAUUAAAAAAUGUGCCAUGCCCAUUGGAGCAGACCAUGAUGUCAAGUUUGGGGUGCCCUCUCUGGAAGAGCUUGGAUUUGAGACAGAGGGCCUGACCGCAGCAGUGUGGCCAGGUGGAGAAACAGAAGCUCUCAUGAGACUAGAGCGGCAUCUGGAGAGGAAGGCAUGGGUGGCAAACUCUGAGUAUCCACGUAUCAAUGCAAACUCCCUGCUGGCCAGUCCCACAGGGCUCAGCCCCUACCUGCGCUUUGGUUGUCUCUCCUGUCGGCUAUUCUACUUUAAACUCACAGAUCUUUAUAGGAAGGAGAAAGAGAACAGCAAGCCACCUCUUUGCUUUUAUGGGCAACUGUUGUUGAGGGAGUUCUUCUAUACAACUGCCACCAACAACCCCUGCUUUGACAAGAUGGAGGGAAACCCUGCGUGUGUCCAGAUCCCUUGGGACAGAAAUCCAGAGGCGCUGGCCAAGUGGGCAGAGGGACGGACGGGCUUUCCCUGGAUAGAUGCUAUUAUGACCCAGCUAAGGCAGGAGGGGUGGAUCCAUCAUUUGGCAUGGCGUGCAGUGGCCUGCUUCCUCACAAGGGGAGACCUGUGGAUCAGCUGGGAGGAAGGCAUGAAGGUCUUUGAGGAGUUGCUGUUGGAUGCAGAUUGGAGUGUCAACGCUGGCAGCUGGAUGUGGUUCUCGUGCAGUUCAUUUUUUCAGCAAUUUUUUCGCUGUUACUGCCCUGUGGGAUUAGGACGACGCACAGACCCCAACGUCGAAUACAUACGGCGUUACUUGCCCAUAUUGAGAGGCUUUCCAGCCAAAUACAUCUACGACCCCUGGAACGCCCCAGAGGAAGUGCAGAAAGCAGCCAAGUGUAUCAUAGGAGAGCACUACCCCAAGCCCAUGGUGAACCAUGCUGAAGCCAGCCGCAUCAACAUUGAGCGGAUGAAGCAAAUUUACCAGCAGCCUUCCUGCUAUAGUGGACUGGGCCUUCUGGCAACAGUACCUGCCAAUCCACACAAUGGUGUAAGAAGCAGUAACACUGGGACCAGUCGAGGUCCGGGAGGGUCCGAUGAACAACUGUACAAUUUGGAGGGAACAUCUCGAACAGGAAGAGGACAGUGGACACAGAAGCGCCGCAGUGAAGAGGCUCCAUCUGGGAGCAUCUCUAAAUCCUGGAGGCAGAGUAAAUAGACAAUAGGCAAGAGAUGGUAUACAAAGGGCCCCUCUGUCUGUAUGCUCUGGUAGCAUUCGCUCCUGCUGUGCCCUUAGUUAACACAGUAACUGUAGCUAACAACCACGAAGGAGAACAAGGGGCGGGUGUUUGAUGGAGCUGGUUUGUCUGAAGGACUCAUUAUAGUUGAUAGCAUUUGUUAUCUUUGAAGAUCAUCACAUGUUGGAGUGGACAAUCAGAUACAGUAAAACGCAUCACACAUCUCAGGAAAAGAGGAGGGAACUUAGAGAAAUUAGUCAUAUUUGGCGGAAAGUUUGAAGUUUCGACAUGAGUGUGUUGUGAGGUCAGCUGUUAGUGGAACACCUGGGAAACAGUCAUUUUCCCAUCACUCAAAAGAUCUUUUUUUUUUUGCCCAUGAAAAUGACUUAAAUAUUUUCCUAUUUUGCUUUACCUAAGAAAAAACUAUGAGACUUUCUACCAGAGCUCCCCAAAAUGGAUAGCACCACCAUUUAAAAUAGUUAUUCAGGUUAUAUUUGUAUAAAUGCAGCCAUAGUAGUCAUGACACAUGGCAGCACACGCAGGUUAGAAAACAACUUAAUUUGCUGAAAAUCUGAAUGUAAGAUACAUUAUCCUUCGAGGUCAAACAUUAGUCACUGCUGGCUGAUCAUGAUGUGGUGAUAUAAGUGUUAAGUUGCUAAUAUUGACACGCUUAAGGUUUUGACUCUAGCUAGUGCCCCUCGGGUUAAUAAUGCUGUCUGACGGGUUUUUGACUCUAUGAGAGUCACCGGCUAAAUACUGGCAAACAAACCCUUUAAAUUGUUUGUGUUACCAUUGUAAAAUGGAAAGCCUUCACAUGAAAUCAUAAACUUCUGUUCAUUGUCAGUGACAGUUAAAUUUUAACCAAACUGAUAAUGAUAAAUUUAGGUGUGUUAAAGUUCAGUUUAGGUUUUUUGUCAGUAAUAAUUCUAGUUGAAUCAUAAAUCAUUUUCAUUAAACUUAGUAAUAUUUUUCCCCUGGUCCUCCAGUGUCUCUUCCUCCAAGUGGCUCUAUAGCCCCUUUUCCUCCGGGCAAAAAACCCACUAACAUCUGGCUUCUGCCUGCGGUGGGAAUACAUUCAAGCAACAUUUACUCCUGGGUCAAAUCACGAAGGAGGGGGACCCAGUUUGAGAACCACUGCACUUAAUCAUGUUUGACCUCCACACCUCUUUGUAAAAAUGUCAAGAUCUGAAACCAUUUUGAUCAAUGGAAAUCAAAAGGUCGGUUAAGUAGAGCUGACAUCUGCGUCCUUUGUUUGCACACCGACAUUAGGAUGAAACUAAUAUUGUACAUUUUAUACCUUGGACAAACAAAAAUAUGAUUCAAAUCUAGAGUAUCUGUCACACCGUCGUGAAUGUACAUUAUGUAAUUUCGUUCAAAUAUUGAGGAUACAUAGGUUUGUUGUACAGCGGCUGAGACAAUUAGAAGCACGACGGUCAGGCUUGGUAACACAAGCCUCACAAAGCCGUCACAUAUUUUGUAACUAAUAAUUGCUUUUGUAUAUUUGGUCAUGGGAAAUAAUGUGUCACCAAAACUCAAAGGUCCUACCGUGAAUGCAUUUGCUUUUGUCUCCCAUGUGAUGGUAAAUCUAUUAUGUUUCUAUAAAUACUCAACCAAUUCUAACUCUGUUGAUAUAACAAUACAAGACGCAAACUCAGCUGUAUCUUUUUUGCCUUUUUGCACUGUGAAAUCAAAUGUUAUUCCAGUAACUCUGAACAGAAUUUUAGAAAACUUUCAUGAAUUUAGUUUCUUGGCAAAUUUUACAAAUUAAAUAGUUUGUGUGUUGUUAAACAUUUUGAAAGGAACAGUACCUCAGGGUCUCUCACUGCCACUCAACAGGUUGGGAUGGUACCUCCCAAUUACAAGGAGACGUUACAUCUUAAUUAUUCUCAGUUGCUGAUAAAGUUUUUCCAUAUCAUUGAAUAUUAUGUCACCGCUCAUAUAUUAUGCCAAGUGGAAAAACAAAUGGAUUCAAUAACAUGACGAGCCAAAAUAUCUGAUGUCCCAGAGGUUUAUUAUAAUAUCACAGAUCAGUGUCGCAUUAUAACAUGAAAUGUAAUAAAAAGGUAUUUUUCCACAUAAGAUAGUUUCACAUUGUUACAUUUGAACUUAUUUUAUAAUGGAAAAUGCUUCACUUUUGAUGUGAAAACCUCCUAUGUUGGU